CAAGCCAUGGUCUUGGGAAGCGCCAAGGCUUGUUCUCCGGACCCUCGCUCCUCUCCACGGGGACGUAAGAGGUUUUGUUUGCUUGUCUAAUUGCCCGGCUCCAAAGAUUCCUCAUCUGGGGAACCUUGAUCAGAAAUCUAAUUCCACAUACAUGGAAUUCUGAGGCUCGGGAUAGUUUCUCGCCGGACAGAAGGGGUCUGGAGUUAUUGGACUCUUGGAAUCACUAUCUAACUGUCGUCGAGUCCGCUUCUAAGCCACCGUUUUACUCCCCGUAAACUUUUGACACAUUUCGGAACGGCAGGACCGUCUUCGGGCAACGAUGGGCUUCCGCUGGAGGAGGGGAAGGCUCGGCUUGGGGCUGGGCUCCCGUGUGCAGGCGCUCGCCAGCGUCAACACCACGCUGUGGGGCGCGCUCCUUCUCCUGGGAGCCUCGUCCCUCGCUCAUGAGGCAACGUGCCCUCUGGUAUGCGAGUGCCCGAAGCCGCCGGCCUGCCGGCCAGGGGUGCCUCUAAUUCAGGACGGCUGCGGCUGCUGCCAGGUUUGCGCCGGCCAGUUCAACGAGAUGUGCAGCGCGCUGCGACCGUGCGACCGAGGGCUCCGCUGCGAGCAGGCGGCGGGCAGCAGCGCCGACCGCGGCAUCUGCAGAGCCAGCACCCCAGGGCACCCAUGCACCAAGAACGGCAAAGUGUACCAACACGGCGAGAGCUUUCGGCCCAACUGUCGGCUCCAGUGCACCUGCGAGGAUGGUCGAGUCGGCUGCCUCGCCCUGUGCCCGCUGCACCUGCCCACUCCGCCUGUCCCCUGCCCGGACGCUCACCUGGUGCAGGUAGCCGGCACAUGCUGCAAGAGGUGGAAAUGUACCACCAGUUACUCCAAGGACUGGCCGCAGAGAGACGGCAAAUGGAAGAGCAGGUUCGACUCUGUCAACGAGGUGGUCGAGAACAGAGUGGCAGCUAAGAGGUCAAGGGGCCAUUUCAAGGCUCGCAGCUUCCGGGGCCCCGGAUGCACAGUCAAGAGCACAGAGUGGUCGCAGUGUUCGAAGACGUGCAGCAUUGGUGUUUCCACCAGACGGAGCAACAACAACACCAGAUGCCAACUGAGGGAGGAGAAGAGGCUCUGCCAGACCCGACCCUGCGCCAUGCUCAAUGAUCUCGCGCCCAAGGUCAGGCCAGAACCAGCACUUGUAAGGACGGCACGGUGUCACAACAGGCAGCGGCUGCCUGAAGACCCACAAGGAGAAGGUGCCCAGGCCAUUUACUUACGAGGGGUGCACCAGCCUGAAGCGGUACAAGCCCAAGUACUGCGGCCUGUGCCGGGAUGGCCGUUGCUGCCAGCCGUCCGAGACCAGGACCACCAAGGUGCGCUUCCACUGCCCGGGAGCGGGGACCCUCGUCAUACCGGUGGUGAAGAUCAAGAGGUGCGAGUGUAGCCGGCAGAGCGGCGGGUGCGCCCAGCUGCCCCCCGUGAGCUACGACUGGAAGAGGAGUCUGCAGGAUCCCACGGAGCCCCAGUGAAAGGCCUGAAGGCACCACACACCACUGGGCACGUCAACACACAGGCACCAACCACACCCGCAUGGGACCUUUCCAUUGGCAUUGCUCCACCCAGCGCUUCGUCUCUGCUCCGCCCUGGGUCCCCCUUACCGCAUGGUUCCAAGACCAGCCCUUGCCAUUUUACUGACAGAUAACACAGUGAAACACGUCCAUUGGCAGCUCAUAAUAUUCACCUUAGGACCAGCCAAGCUCUCCAGGAACAGCCCGCUGAAGUAGCAAGGAGCAGGAGUCGGCCACUUGGCCCCUCAAGUCUGCCCCUAUAUGAUCAUGGUUGAUCUGCCCAGGGCUCGGCUCAUCACACCCAUACAGACAUGCACUCACUCACACACACACACACACACACACACACACACACACACACACACUCAAAGACACACACACAUACACACACUGACACACACACACACACACACACACACACACACACACACACACACACACACACACACACAGGCCUCACCUCCUCCUCUGUACCAGUGCGACCUUACCCACCUUCCCCCUGCCUUUCAAAAGCCAAUUUCAUCAGUCAGAAAUGCCCGUUUUCUAUAGUGACCCAUAUGGUAUCGCUCGACAUACACUUGCUAUAACCCAUCAGUUUCAUUGGAUAAAUCACCCUAACACUGCCAAUAAUUAAACUAAUUGAAUAUAUAUUGUAUCCAGACUUUAAUACAUACCAUGAAACAUUUUAUUAAUAUUAUUAUUGUUAUUAUCAGCUUGAAAAAGGCUUGGAAAAUGUACGGGAGAAUUUACAUGGUCCAAUUUUCAAAUUCAGUUCAUCUCCCUCCUCAUUAAAUCUCUCCAAUGAUUCAGACUCCACAACCCUCCAGGGUAGAGAGUUCCAAAGAUUCGCCUCCACCUGCAGUAAGAAAUUCCUGCACACCCUAAAUGCUUUUUGUCUCCCUCCCUCCUGUGAGUCACACUUGCAGUUCUCCAAUCCAUUGGUUCCCUCCCAGAACUUAGCAUGAUUUGAAAAACUUCAGCCAACAUCUCCACCAUCUAUGUCACCGCAUCCUGUAAAACUCUUGGGUGCAGCCCAUUGGGAUCUGGCGACUUGUCGGCUUUAGACCCAUCAGUUGUUUCAAUACAUUGUCCCUUGCAAUGGGGAUUGUUGCAUGUUGUUCCAUGCGAUUUGAAACCUGCCCAUCUGUUGUCUUUGGGAUGUUUGCAGUGUUUUCCACCAUGGAGACCGAUGGAAAGUAUUAGUUUAAAUUAUAGGUAGUCCCCAGGCUAUACAAGGGUUCAGUUCCUGAGAACGGUCAAUGAGCUGAUUUCUUCAUAUGUCAGGAACAUUCAUUUUCUGCAGUAACUCGUACCGCCUUGCCGAACAUACCUUUCCUAUAAUUCUUUCAGGUCAUUGAAUAAUCACCCUAGCACUACCUAUUAUUAAACUAAUGGAAUAUA